GAUAUACGCUAAUAGGUGCCAUAUUUUUCAGUUGACACGCCAAUUAGUGCAUUUAUAAUUCAUGACGUGGGUUAAUUGCUACACUUAAACCCAACUAAACGGCCAACGAUUGGGGGCUAUAAGGUCUCCAAGACAAAGCCAAACCUUAUCACUAACAACAGAUAGUAGAUAAAGUUGUUUAUGAUGAAAUCUCGAAUAAGAGAGCGACUGGGAAUCAGUUUUGGCCACAGCUUGGCAAUGGUAACCACACAGCGGACCAAAGAGAUUUGCCAAAUAGUUCGGCUGAAGUCAACGCAAGUGUUUUUUGUGGCCGGAACAUGUUUGGUAACGGUCAUGGUAACAUUAUUCUGCAUUGGCUUUAUGACCAGAUACGAGGUGGAGAAUGAAGUGGCCAACGUGGCGGAUGUGGACUAUUGGAAGGAUAGGGUGGCGUCAUCACAGAAAAUCUGGUAUGACAAGGGCAUAGAAGAGCUCAACGAAGCACUGAGAUCGCCAAAGGGUCCAAUGUAUCCCAAAAAUGUAAGAAUAUUUGUGGUCCAAGGAAUCGAUGGAAGAGAUUUGGCUGCUUAUCGAUUUCCUGCUAAAGAUCUUAGCCAGGGUAAUACCAACUAUAUCUGGGAUCAGUUUCCCCACUUGGUUCGCUUGAAGAACAGCUGCAGUCAACAGUUUCCCUGCCAGGUGGACAGAGUUUCCAGAGCUCUCUGGUCUGGAAUACCUUUGGAUAAAGUCCCCGAAAGUCAGCCAGAUUGUGGAAAAAUGACCAACGAGACAAAAAAUCCCCUAAGUAUCCUUCGCCAGGCUCAAUUAGUUGGACUGCGAACUGGUUUUGUGACCAAUCAAAGGAUUACAGGAUAUACAGCGGCUGCUUUGGGAAAUACCAACAGCAACUAUGAAUGCGAUGAAAGGAUGCCUUUGGGUUCCUCAACAACAGGUUGCCAGGAUAUAGCUCGUCAGCUGAUAUCUGGAGAAACUGGUAAAUCUCUCAACGUAAUCAUUGGUGGAGGACGGCAAAUGCUGAGUAGUUUGGUCCCCAAAACCAAAUGGGAUCCUGUGGAUGAGCUGUUGUGCGAGUCCAACGAUGGACGCAACUUGCUCAAAGAGUGGAGGAAUCAAAAACUAAAGGAGAGCAAGGUUAACCCAAUAAGAUUCGAAUUGGUUCAGAGAACCGAUGAGUUGGAGUCCCUAAAUGCCAGCAGUUAUGAUCAUCUCCUGGGUGUGAUGGCCAAUGGUGAUCUAAGUGGAAAUUUGAAGGCUCCAAGUUUGAAAUUAAUGGUGGAAAAAUCUCUUCAGGUCAUGGAAAAACAAGGGCAAGGCUAUCUACUUAUAGUGGAGCAGUUUGUUCAAUCGGGAAUGGAUAAGCUUAAGGAACUUCAGAUGUUGAAUGAGACUUUGUUUAAUCUACACAAAGAUCAGGAUACCCUAACUCUAGUGCUUAUGACCAAUGCUAUCUAUCCAAAAGCAAGACUGGAUGUGAGCGAGGAAACGGAGUUAAUCAGCAAUCUGCCAGAAACUUUCAAGGAAUCGGAAUUAGAAAUCCAACAAAGAUUAUAUGAAAUGCCAUCAGAAAGCUUACUUUUUGCACAUGGGCCAAAGUCUUCCAUUUUUCAUGGCAUUCGAAAGGAAACCUUCCUGGCACAUGCUGUAUCACAUGUCCUUAGCAAAAGUAGGCCUAGUCCUUAACACACUUUGCCAGACUUAGUUCAUAAAGAAAAGCACAAAGUUAAACCCCCCAAGUAAAAAACUUCCUCAUCUUUUAA